GUGUUGAGCACUUAGAACUUUUGAUUUGGACGCUUCUUGCGUGUCUCUGUCCCUCCUAGAGUUUGUAGUGUUACACUUGUCUUCAUAUACCCUGACUCUUUUUUGCUCCUUUUCUUAUAGAAGGAUGUAUCCUCCACCAUCUUCAUCGUCACCUACGUCCCCGAGUUUUCCUGGAUCGUCCCUGGGUAUCAGUAAGCCGGCGGUUAUCAAGGCCUUCACAUUGCUCAUAUUCUUCUGGCUGUUAGCUGGUUUCUCUCGUUUCCAUCGCAACGAUGAUGGAGACACGGUAACAAUAGUACCACAAGACAACCAGGAGACAAUAGACGUCAGCAUCCCAGUGGACAGUGAUAUAGGCUCGCCCAGUUUCAAAGAUGGCAGCAAUAGUAAUAGUGACACCAAUAACAACAUCCCGUCCACGCCAACAUCACUACUGGCGUCCCCGAAGCCAACAAAGCAAGUAAUCACCACCCCCACCACUACGACGUUACCCGGAGUGAAGAAACACACGGACCGCGUGGCAGUCAUCAUCGAGAACCGGCCCCUCGAGAACCUGAUCCCCGUGAUGCUUCACUUUCACAGCGUGCUCGGGCCCGAGUGGCCCAUCAUCUUCUACACCGUGCCGGCGACGGCGGCCAACCUCAGCGUGUCGGCGCCGUUCCGCCGGGCCGUGGACGAGGGCCGCAUCGAGGUCCGGUUCCUGCCUUCGACGGCGUCCUUGAGCAGCCACCGGGCGGUGUCGCUGUUCCUGACGGACGCGUGGAUCUGGGAGGACCUGGCGCCGUACGAGAAGGUGCUCAUGUUCCAGGACGACAGCAUCGUCUGCUCGGCGUCGCCGCAGCGCGUCGACGACUUCCUGCGCUGGGACCUGAUCGGGGCGCCCAUCGACCGGGCCUACGGGCAGGGCUACAACGGGGGCCUCAGCCUGCGCAGCCGCGCCCUCGUCCUGGAGAUCCUGGGCCGGCACAGCUGGGCUGCCGACAGCGAGGUCCCCGGCGCCCCUGCCAACAUGAAGUUCGAGGACCAGUGGCUGUACACGCGCAUGCAGGAGCUGCCGGCGCGGGCGGACGGGACGCCCGGGGCGAACCUGCCCGGCGAGGAGGUCGCGAGGAGGUUCGCCGUCGAGACGGUCUGGUCCGAGGAGAUGCCGCUUGGGUUCCACCAGCCCAUGAGGUGGCAGAAGGGCAAUAUGGCCAAGAUAAUGAAGUACUGUCCCGAGGUCGGCAUGAUCGGUGGCGCGGCUUUCUUUUGAAGGUGGAGGCGGGGAAGCCUUUUCCUUCUUCCUUUUUCCUCUCC